GAGUAGCUCUGAGUACUGGGACAUCAUGCAGAGGAAGAGCAGCUUCACUGGGCUCCUCAUCACUGCUCUGUGUGCAGUGGUCUCCUGUUGUCUGAACAAACAGUUCCACUUUGUGAAUGAAGGAGGAAAGACCUGGGAAAAGGCUCAGCACUACUGCAGAGAGAAGUACAUUGACCUGGCCUUCAUCAGCAACCAAGACGAAGUAGAUGAGGUCAAUGACAUAUCAACAACGGAUUAUGUUUGGAUUGGUCUGUACAGAGAUCCCUCUCACCCAACGGAAUGGAAGUGGUCUGGAGGGUGGAACUCAUCAUUUAGGUUUUGGGAGGAAGGCCAGCCAAACAAUCUCAAUGGCAUCCAGAACUGUGUCGAUGUGAAGAACAAUCAGAUGAAUGAUAAGCAAUGCACUGAAAAAUAUUUAUUCUUGUGCUUUGAUCUGAACGUGGUCCUGGUGAAGGAGAACAAGACAUGGGAGGAGGCUCUGGAGCACUGCAGGAAGCACUACACUGACCUCACCAGCCUGCUGUCUGAGAAUGAGCAGCUCCUCGUCCAGAGAAUGAUGAAUUCAAAGGGGGCCCAGACAGACCAUGUGUGGACGGGACUGCGCUUCCUGGCCAGCGAGUGGCUGUGGGUGAACGGGGACCCCCUGGAGUACCAGGCCUGGACCGGGGGGAGGCUGCCCCACUGCCCCGCCCAACACCUCCGCUGUGGGACCCUGGCCAGAGAGGGAGAGCUUUGGGGAACCAGGGGCUGCGAGGAGAGGAGGAACUUCCUCUGCUCCACAUGACUGACUUCUA